CAGGAAGAAAGUAGAAUGCUUUUAUAGGGAUUUAUAGAUGGCGGUGGAAUACAUCAGAAAAUUGGACACUUCACGGACACUUCACGUGUAUAAAUAUCUUUAUUAUUAAGAUAGACAAACAAGGAGACGCAAUAACUAGGUACCUAGGUUCCCAAAGACCCUAGUUAUACAUAUAUUCAUCUAGCAUUCAUCACCAAUAAAACCAAUAAAACAACAAGAUGGGUUCCUGCAAUCCAGAGCCUCCGAAGCUCUUCAUAGAAACACCAUGUAUACCAUCCAUAGCUCUCUCACGAGCAGCGGGCUGCAACAUCUUCCUCAAGCUCGAGAACCUCCAGCCCUCGGGGUCGUUCAAGUCGCGCGCCGUGGGAAACAUGAUGUACCAGGCGAUGCUCGCGAAGCCCGCCGGCAACGUGCACUUCUACUGCUCGUCGGGCGGAAACGCGGGCCUGGCGUGCGCGACGGCGGCCAAGACCCUGGGACAGCCGUGUACUAUCGUCGUGCCGACGACUACUUCCCAGCACAUGAUCGAGAAGAUGCGACUCCUCGGCGCCAAAGUCCACCAGGUAGGCGCCAACUGGGCCCUCGCCGACGAACACCUCCGCGCCGCGCUCCUCGCCCGCGAUCCAACCGGCGUCUACGUCCCGCCCUUCGACCACGCCGACAUCUGGGCCGGCACCAGCACCAUCGUCGACGAGCUCGCCGCGCAGCUCGGGGCGCUGCGCGUCGACGGCAUAGCGUGCAACUGCGGCGGCGGCGGCCUGCUCAACGGGAUCAUGGCCGGCGUGCAGAAGCACUACACGGGCGCCGGGGCCCGGGAGCCCACGGUCCUGGCCGUCGAGACCGCGGGCGCGCACAGUCUGAACGCCAGCGUGAGAGCGGGCGAGCUGGUGACGCUGCCGGGGAUCACCAGCAUCGCGACUAGUCUGGGCGCGCCGCGGGUGUCGGAACGCGCGUUUCGCUGGAGCCGGGAGGCGCCGCAUCUGAAGAGCUUGGUGGUGACGGAUGCGGAGGCGGUGAUGGGGUGUGUGCGGUUUGCGGACGACGCGCGGAUGUUGGUGGAGGUGGCGUGCGGUGCUACGCUUGCGACGGUGUAUAAUGGGGACUUGAGGAGGGUGGUAGGGGGCGAGGGGAUUAGCGAUGAGGAGUGGAGUAGGAAGAAUGUGGUUGUGGUUGUGUGCGGAGGGAUGAAUGUUACGUUGGAGAUGUUGAGGAGUUAUGGGGAGACGUAUGGUGUAAAGUAGGAACGUAUAUCUUGCUGUAGAGCAUCGGGAUGAAGGGAUGAAGGAAUGUAGAUGGUAGAGCUGGAAGUGGUUUUUGCUGCCGGAGAGGCGUCUGUAUAAAUAGGAUGCAUACAUAUACCACCUCAAAUCUAUAUCGUCGAGCUCACCGUCUACUCUACUCCUCCAACCGCGAUCUAUCAUAAACCAACUCUUCAUACCCAUCGCCCAUGACAGAAGAAGAGCUCGUCUUUACCCACUCGUCCGUCUCCCCAAACCCUCCAAACACCAUCUCUAUCUCGCCAAAGUAAUUCCUCUCGCCUCUCUGCUUAAACCCAAGGGCUUGG